GACGUAAGGCAGCGCGACGGGGCCCGAGCGAGCGAGAGUGGGAGGGGAGGCCGGAGACCGACCGACAUGGUGGUGGUCCGUGGGAAGUAUGCGCGAUAGCCGCUCGCGGGAGGGAGGACGGUUCUGGGCGGCGGUGGAGCCGGCGUGCCGGGACGGCAGGAUGGAGUUUGCGGGGAGCAGAGGGAGCGAGGCCUGGUUGGUGCAGCAGCAGCGGCGGGGUUCGGGCGGCUGCCGGCCGGCAGCGGUGAAGCCGCAGGGGGACGUGUCCCGGCCGCUGCCCAACCAUGCCGGCUGGAACAACGUGGCCCGGAAGAGGAAGGCGCCGGGAAUACCGAGCGGCGACUGGGGCUUGGUGCCGAGCUGGGGCCGGGACACCGGGACGUGGCAGGAUGGGGGCUGCGGUUUUGCCGGGCCGGCGGUGAGCUGCGCCGGGGGGUCGUGCCUGAGGCGGCGCCGCUUCCAGAAGAGGCGGCGGCUGGUGCGGGCCCUUCACCUGCUGCUGUACCACCGCAUCUCCCCGCUCACCUUCCAUCGCCGGCUCUGGGGCCUCUUCACCGCAGCGGGGAGGAGAAGGAGGAGGAGAGCGGUUCGCCGGAACACCGGCGAGGCGCUGACGGGCGGGGGGAGCCACCUGUCGCACCACCAAACGCUCCCAGAGGCCGGGGAGCUGUUCCGGACUGUGCCGGGCACUGGCGGCUGCGGGCCGCUGACGGAGAGGGGUACCCGCCCCACAGACGGGAACGCCGGCCUCUGGCCAAAGCCCACUGCCAAGCCGCCCCUCGCCAAUUGCCAGCCUUCGCCCAUCGACUACCGGCUGCUGACUCCGGCCUCCGACAGGUUGGGCGUUCCCUCCGCGGUGAAGGACGUGGCCCGGGGCGGCACGGCGGAGUGUGGCGAAGCCUCGAGCGCCAGGCUGCUGGGCAGGCUGAACGCUGACCGCGAACACCCCCUGUACUCCCGCCUGCUCGCCCGACAGAAGGAUGCCCUGCAGCUGUGCCAGGCCGAUGCCAGCGGUGACACCGUCAGCCUCGAACAGCCCAAGGGCGGCACGCUGAACCGCGCCAAGCCGGCAGAAGCAGGGAGCAGCAACCGGGAGCCCGCUUCCGGAGUUAGAGGUCUUGCCGAGGCGGUGGAGGUGAACGGCCACGCGGCGAGUGACCCCGACGAUGCCCAGCGAUCGGAGGGCGGCGACGGGGGGCGGCGGACGUUGGCGGAGGACAACGCCAUCGUCAUCAGCCACGUGUGCAGCAUCGGCGAGCAGAUGGCCGAGCAGCUGUUUGGCGGCGAGGAGGACGGGGCUGCCGGCGGCAAGCACGGGCUGCCCGGAGGUGCCGGGGACUCGGAGACGGAGGGCAGCGCGCCAGAGCCGCCUAGGACCGGCACCAACCACGUGGCAGUGAUGAGCGACGAGCACGUCACCUGCAUUCACGGCCUCCUGGACGAGUAUAUCCAAGCCUACGGCAGCCUCAUCCCGCUCAACACUGACGAGGUCGUCGAGAAACUGCAGGAUGUCUUUGAAGAAGACUUCGCUACUCCCCACAGGAAGACGAUGAUCCACCACGUGAUGCAGUCGUACCACCGGAUGGUCGGGAACAACGCCGUGCGUAACUUCCGUGUGACCUACAAGAGGCAUGUGCUCACCAUGGAUGACCUCUCCACUCUGUAUGGACAAAACUGGCUGAAUGAUCAGGUCAUGAACAUGUACGGAGACCUGGUUAUGGACACCGUCCCUGACAAAGUUCACUUCUUUAACAGCUUCUUCUACGACAAGCUGCGGACAAAGGGAUACGACGGAGUGAAAAGAUGGACCAAAAACGUUGAUAUCUUCAACAAGGACCUGCUGCUAAUCCCCAUUCACCUGGAGGUUCACUGGUCCCUGAUCUCAGUCGAUGUGCGGCAGAAGACCAUCACCUACUUUGACUCCCAGCGCACUCUCAACAGGCGGUGCCCCAAGCAUAUUGGAAAGUACCUCCAGGCAGAGGCGAUAAAGAAGAACAGACAUGACUUCUACGAAGACUGGAAGGGAUAUUUCAAAAUGAACGUGGCGAGACAGAACAACGACAGUGACUGUGGAGCCUUUGUCCUGCAGUUCUGCAAAUGCCUGGCUCUGGAGCAGCCGUUCAGCUUCACCCAGCAGGACAUGCCCAAGCUACGACGGCAGAUCUACAAGGAACUCUGCAACUGUAAGCUGACUGUGUGAGGGGGGGGGGAGGGCCCCAGCGGCAAGGGGUGAUCGACGCUCCACCCCCACCCUUUUCACGGACAUUACAAAGGACGAUACGAGAUGAGGAGGCGUGAGCGAUGAUACAACCUCGGCCUUCACGCACGUCCAACCAGUUUCCUCUCCUUUUUUUUUAAAGAAACGAAAAAUCUUUUUUUUUUUUUUUUUUCUUAUGCCAUAUUUGUUCAGUAUUGAAGUGUUGAACAUUUUUGAGAUUCUGGUUAACUGUGUUGUGUUAUCACAUCAGGAUCACGGGACAAAGAACAUCGGCGGGCGGUGGUGGCUGGGGCUGAAGGAGUCUGGUCAUUUGGGUUUGUAAGCUGGGACAAGCGGGGGGGGGG